AUGAAGCAGUGGAUUCUCGAAGGGAUUCGUGGAGCCGAGUCCUUGCAGUUGAAAGAUGUUCCAGAUCCUGAACCAGGUGACUACGAAGUUUUGGUGAAGUUUCGCACUGCUUCUCUCAAUUUCAGAGAUAUCAUGAUUUCAAAGGGAGAAUACUAUUCAAAAACCAAGGAUGGAGUGGUCCCAGGCUCCGAUGCUGCUGGAGAAAUUGUUAAAGUUGGACCGAAAGUGACCAGAUUCACUAUUGGCAAACGCACUUCGCCUAUCUUCCAUUUAACCCAUCUUUAUGGACCAGUGAAUGUGGAAGAUAAUCAUUAUCAGCUGGGUGGAACGCAUGACGCUUGCGUGGAGUUCCCGUCCAAUCUCGAUUACCGCGAAGCUGCAACGCUACCCUGCGCUGCCUUGACGGCUUGGAAUGCGCUCUAUGGUGGUCCUAGAGUGCUGAAGCCUGGUGAAGUUGUUCUAACACAGGGCACAGGUGGCGUUAGCAUUUUUGCUCUGCAAUUUGCGAAGAUUGGCGGAGCCCAUGUUAUUUCGACAACUAGCAGCGAGACAAAGUCACGUACGUUGCGUACUCAUGGCGCGGACGCUGUUAUAAACUAUGCAGAAGAUAGCGAAUGGGGCCAGACAGCAAAACUAUUAUCGCCCAAGCAGAAAGGAGUUGAUUUUGUGGUCGAGAUUGCCAACACUAUGGCUCAAUCUAGUCGGGCUGUGGCUAUCGAUGGACAGAUUGCAACCAUUGGAAGAAGAGCAGGUUCUGGAAAUGCUGGUAACGGCUCUCACAGCACAGUGCUCGCUACCGUCCGAAGAAUUCUAGUGGGUAGUAGGGAGCUUCAAGAGGGCAUGAACGCUGCUAUUGAAGUCAACAAUCUGAAGCCAGAGAUUGACAAGCGUUCUUUCAACUUCGAUGAUCUCCCAAAGGCAUACACGUUUUUUGAAAAGGGAAGCCAUUGUGGAAAGGUGGUUGUGGAUUACAAUUGA